CUAGUGCACUUAUAUAGAGGAUAUUACGGGCUUUGGGAGUUAACCAUAGUCGGGUUUUACCCCUAAACAGUAAAAGUGCACGAUAUUAAAGAAGAGGCUGAAACCGAGUGAUAAUUAUCUUAUUUACUGGUUUUAUUGAGUCUUUUGAGGUUGAGUAAAGGAGAAGAUGUCUACAGGUGAUGUGAAGGGAGGUCUGAGGAAGCUGCAGGCAUCUCUCAGAUCUGUAAAAUACCCCAGAGAUGUGGACUAUCAAGGCUUAGCUAAAGGAGAUCCGUCAUGCUGUCUGCCCAUCGUCAGCUAUGUCUUCACCUCCUUCUCCACCUCCGUGGCGGAACACCUGGUGGAACGCGGCAUCGAGCUCGCAGGAAAAAACGACCUGAGCUUUGUGGAGUCCGUUUACAAGGUCCUGCGUGAUCUCUUCAGUUACAAACCCCUGUUAACUAAGCAGCAAUUCCUGCAGUUCGGUUUCGCCGAAAGAAAGCUCGCUCUUCUCUGCGACAUCAUCGGCUUCGUCCUGGACAAACACAAACAGCUCACUAAAGGCUCUAAGUGUGUUGGUGUGCUGAGGAGGAGGCAGCUCUCUCACUCCGACUCCAAAUCUGUGGAUUGUUCUCCACCCAGAGAGACCCAGAAGACACCAAGCCAGAAAAUCGUUUCGAGCCGGUCGCUGGUGGAAAGGCACCCGAGACUCCAGAGAUCUCCAGCACACAUCAGCUUCUCCUCAGAUCAGGAUGAGAACGAGGAGCUCAGGCAGACACCUCACGACCAAGAUGUUCCUCAACCUGCUGCUCACACAGAGUGUGUGUCAGAGAGCAGUUUGCGAGCAUUGGAGGCCGGUCUGCAGCAGUGUGUGUGCAGGCUGGAGCAGCAACUGAGCAUGCUGGACACCAGAGUGCAGGCACUGGAGAAGAGCACAGCUGGAAAGAUCUAUAUAGAGCGCAGUGCAUGGGAGGAGCUGGAGAACCGGGUACUGCUGCUGGAGACCGGACUGACGUUAACCCGAGCUCAGGGCCCGAUGAGAACGGGUGGGGUUAUGAGUGUGGAAGGGAGCCCACAUCAUGAUGAGAGCGUAGUUAUGGAGUGGGUUAAAGAGCACCAGACCUCACCAGCCAACCAAAUGUCAUCAUCUUCAGAGGAGAAUAUUAAAGAGAGACUGGAGAGAAUAGCCAGUAUGAUGAAAGACACAUCCAGCCUCCUGAAGAGCAUCGAGCCGUCGAUAUAAGUUUAAAAUCAUCGGGUGUGUUUAAGACAUGCGAUACAAAUGAAUGUAGAAGUGGAUAGUGAAGGAAAACCUCCUCAGGGGAAAUUUAUCAUGCUGCUUUGGAGUUCGUUUAAAUUUUCUAAGCUUGGAUGCUGUUUUUUCUAACGCAAUGUGACUGUAUUUAUUCUCAGUAGUUUUAAGUGUCAUUAAAGUUUCUUGUCCAGUAGAUGUCGCUGUAACCCUGUACCUCACAGGAACGUGUUUCUGCUGCCCUCUAUAGUCCAUGAUGUUCAUGACCACUAUGUUGUCUCAGCGCAGAGCUGAAAACAUGUCGUAUUAAGUUUGUAUUAUUUCUAUCACCCAGGCUUUUAGAUCAAGUAAAACCACACAAGUGAUGAAUGAUGGCGUGUUAAAGUCUGUGUGUGUUUAUAUAUUCAGGUUCCCGUGCGCAUUGACUCGGUGUUUUCACAUUUGAACAAACCUCCCCGAGGCUUUUUCAGUACAGAAUGUCAGUGUGACUCAAAGCCUAUUAUUAUGUCUUAUAAUUCACACAUGGUUUAAAGCAAAGCAGUCGCUUUGUAUGGUACUUAAAAAUGAUUUGCAGAGCUUUACAGUCUUCAUAGCUAUAGCAAGGCAAAUAGCCUACAUAAGACAAGUCGAAACGGUUUAUUGUAGACUCCGAAAAACAAAAUGUCCUUUUUUAUUAAAUAACACAAAUACAGGAAGAGACUUGUAGCUGUUGUUCUCUCUGGGGCAGAUGUCACAAAAUAUUAAUUGUAUGUGUGCCAAUAAUUUUUAAACCAACAUUUCAUAGAAAAAAAUAAUCCACUUCAUGGAAAAAAAAAAACACCUUCCAUUCAUUUGUGUGUUAAUAAAGACAUUAUAUAUAGGUAAAA